GAUCCAUCUGCAGCAAUGAACGCGGCCAACUCCCUCGCUUCUUCUGUUUCGCUUGAAGAUCACAGCAACCACGCCGGCAGCGAUUCAGACACCAGCGUCGAUGAGGUACCGGAGUAUUACCAGCCGAUCUCGCACGCCGACGAGAAUGACGAAGAAGAGGAAGACGAAUCUGCCGACCAUGCGAAUCACGCCCCUAAUUCGGGAAUCCUCGAGAACGGCCAUUGUUUCGCUCACGAAGCGCAGAGCUGGAUCUCAUCUCUCCAUCUCAACGGCGUGAAGAGCGACGAAGACGACGAAAAUCAAGUGGUGGAGGAGGAGGGAGAGAUGGAGAUGGUGGUGGCAGAGUCGUCCAAUUCGACGGUGGUUCAAGCUAUCAGGGAAGACGAGAACCGACGGAAUGCGCCGUUGACACCGGAGAACGCUACUAGAGUCAUGGAGGCAAUGCGUGGGAUCUCCUUCGUAGGUUCAGCUCCUGAUUGGGCCGGAGAAAUUCCUGAAACUCAGUGGAUUGAUCGCCUCAGACGGAUUAGGCAGAUGCCGCAACCUUGA